UCGGAAAGACUCACCCCAGUGCUCUCAAUUCCCUUAGAGGGACUCUCUGCAGGGCUUAGGACAUAGGGAUGAACCUUUCCGAAUGAAGCACUGGUGUGAAAUUCAACCCUAGCCCGGAAGUGAAUUUCGGUUGAUUUCUUCCUCGGAUUGUUUUCUCACGCAGAUGUGGGUGUAAGUUGGAGUAGGUGUGUGUAGCUGAACGGGCUCGCGCUGUAUAUCAUCAGAUUCAUGUAUAUUCAGCUGCUAGCAGUGUUCCGUCCUCUCAAUAUGGAUAUUUAAAGCUGUCUUCUGUCAUGGGCGUUUAAUAAGCGAUACAGAAAGCGGUCGCGAAUGUUAGUAAAUAGCGGACAGUAACGUUGACAGCUGAGGACUUCACACCCAGAAGUGAUGCUGCAUCGCCAGAAUGAAGCCUUGCAUAUUUUAUUUAGUGUUGUUGGCUCCACUGUUUGCUCAUUGUGCGGUGAAACCCGUAUCUGUUGAAGAAGUGUCGAGAAAUGAGGAAGAGCUUCAAGAGUUUGAUGCGCUCAACUCUCUGCUGUCAGACUUUGAGGUCUUGCCUGCAUCAGGACUCCAGCUUCACUCUGUCAGGAAGAGAGAUGCUGAUGCCCAUUCACAUGUGGAGCGGCUGGUCAGCUUCACAGCACUACAGAGGAACUUCAAGCUGUACUUGACAACAAACACACAACUUUUCACCGAGAACUUCAGUGCCGUAUUCGUAGACGAGAAUGGAAAAGAGGACCAGUUUGAUGUUCAGAUACAGAAUUACUUUAAAGGACACGUAGUAGGAGAGGAGCACUCGCGUGUACAGGCACACAUAGACGGGGACGAAUUUUCAGCCCAUAUUAUUACAGAAGAAACUGAAUAUAAUGUAGAGCCCUUGUGGCGAUUUACAGAGACACCUCCUGAUGGCCGUUUACUAGUGUACCGUUCAGAGGACAUUAAGAACAUCAGUCGCCUGUCUUCACCUAAAGUGUGUGGAUAUGUGAACGCUGAUGCCCAGGAGCUCCUGCCAGAAGAGGCAAGAGCAGCUGAAGAGAUGGAAGAAAUGAAAGAGGAGCCUCACAACAGAGAGAGGAGAUCUACACAUGACCAGAAGAAAAACACUUGCACGCUGCUGUUAGUGGCAGAUCAUCGCUUCUACAAACACAUGGGCCGUGCGGAGGAAAGCACCACACUCAACUAUUUGAUCGAGCUGAUAGACAGAGUGGAUGAUAUCUACAGGAACACAUCCUGGGAUGAUGAUUUUAAAGGCUAUGGUGUGCAGAUUCAGCAGAUAAUCAUAAACAAGGAUCCCACAAAAGUUGCCCCUGGAGAGUUUCACUACAACAUGGAUGGCAGCCCAACAGGAAGAAAAGAUGGUGUGUGGGAUGUAAAGAAGCUUUUGGAACAAUUCAGUUAUGACAUUGCAGCAAAUGCCUCUAGGGCUUGCCUUGCCCAUCUCUUCACCUAUCAGGACUUUGAUGAUGGCACUCUGGGUCUGGCAUACGUGGCACCAUCCAAACCAGGAUUAGGAGGACUCUGCCCUAAACCCUACUAUCCAUCACAGUCUGUCAAGAAACCCAGUUAUCUAAACACCGGCUUGACGAGCACCAUGAACUAUGGGAAAACCAUUCUGACUAAGGAGGCAGAUCUUGUAACCACUCAUGAGCUCGGACAUAACUUUGGAGCCGAACAUGAUCCAGACAAUAUCGCUAGUUGUGCACCCAGUGACGACCAGGGCGGCAAAUAUGUUAUGUAUCCUAUUGCAGUCAGCGGAGAUCAUGUGAACAACAAGCACUUCUCCACUUGUAGUAAGAUCUCCGUCAGCAAGACAUUAAGGAUCAAGGUCAAUCAGUGCUUUGUGGAGAGGAGCAGUAAGCUGUGUGGGAACUCGCGUGUGGAGGAGGAUGAAGACUGUGACCCUGGACUCCUUCACAUUAAUGAUGACCCCUGUUGCACAUCUAAUUGCAAGUUCAGGAAACAGGCUCAGUGCAGUGACAGGAACAGCCCCUGCUGCAAAAACUGUAUGUUUGAAAGUGCAGAUAAGGUCUGUCAGGAGGUCAUCACUGCCACUUGCAAGGGCACGUCCCAGUGCACAGGCAAUAGCAGUGAAUGCCCCACUCCUGGUAACCUGGAAGAUAACACUGAGUGUGUGGACAAGGGUCGAUGCCAGAACGGCCAGUGCAGACCAUUUUGUGAGGCUGUGCAUAAUCUGGAGUCCUGUGCCUGCAAUGAGACGGAGAACUCAUGUAAAGUGUGCUGUAGGAAAGACGAGCUCUGUACUCCUUUUUUAAAUGGAGGUUCAUUUCUUUACCUGCGCAAGGGCAAACCCUGUACCGUCGGCUUCUGUGACGGGGCUGGCAAAUGCAUGAAACAAGUCCAAGAUGUCAUUGAGCGUUUAUGGGACUUCAUAGACAAACUGAACAUCAACACUUUUGGGAAGUUCUUGGCCGACAAUAUUGUUGGAUCAGUGGUGGUCUUCUCUCUGCUGUUCUGGAUUCCUAUAAGCAUACUGGUGCACUGUGUGGACAAGAGACUGGAUGAACAGUAUGAGGAAAACACCAAAAUGAUGUACCCCAGUCAGAUGGUGCUGGAGGUGUGUAGUAGAGCCCUUAAUUCAGAGCGGAGAGAUACUGAGCAGUCUGGAAUCGGUGCCCGUCCGCAUAGUCAAGGCCCAUCAUGUACAUUCACCAGCAGCACGACCUCAGCUCUCAAUGGCCCCUACAGGCCCCGGCUCCACACCGGCACAGGAGACGCUCGGCGGCCCAGGCCAUCCCAGCCUCUCCGCCGCACCCAAAGCGGAUCAGCUGCGAAUGGCCACAAUCGAGGAGGACCCCAGCGGAGACUCCUUUCACCCAGACGAGGAGGAAGGCUUCCGGCUAAGCGGCACAGCUGCCAGGUCCUUCGAGGACCUCACCGAACAGGCAACACCAUCACACAAGAGACGGCUGAAGAGACAGGCGCGCAUUGAAAGUAAGGAGACGGAGUGCUGAGGCUUGUGAAUGCAAGUCGCAGAUCCACUCCAUUAAGACACGAGUUAAUCAGGCUUCAGUUAGAAGUGUGUGGCGUGUAGACUGCUGACACGUUUCAGUUGGGUUUUAGAAAAGGUGUAGCAUUCCUUUAAUAAUGCACAGUGGCAGUUGUUACAGAUAAAGGGUCAGUGAAAGGGAUGGUUCACACCAAAAUGAACAUUUGUGGAUAUUGAUACAAGCAACCUUCUCUUUCUUCAGUAGAAUAAUAAAGAAGAUUUUCAGCAGCCCACUCAUACAACUGCUGUAGUUAUUCAACUAAUAGUCUGUAGUCAUGUAACUAAUACUAGAAAUCUAUUAUCCACUGUGAAGGGCCUUCAAAGAUUGUGUUGGAGAAUGGGGGACUAGUCUAAAAAGUUUUAGGUCAAAGAAAACUAUUAGUACAGUGGGACCUAGCAAUGCUUUAAAGUUUUAUGUAGCAAAACAGUUGGUCUGUGCAAGAAACUGGCCAUUAUUUACUACAUAAUUACCACAGGGAUGUGUUGGUAGCCAUUGACCUGCAUUUUAUAUAACUCUAAAAACAAUAGCUGGUGUUAAAAUGCUUCUUUAAUAUGCCACUGAAGAAUUUAGAUUUUUUUUGGUAACACUAUAGUUCGGGGCACAAUUCACAGUAUUAUCAAACCAUUAACUAGCACUACUAGCUUAAAUGAAUUGGCUAAUUAGCUUUAUAAUAAUAUUUAGUAAAGUAAAUCGGCUUUAGGUUUUGGGUAGGAUUAGGGAUGCAGAAUAAGAGCAUACUUUAUAACUACAAACGAACAGGUAACAUCUUAUUAAUAAGCAGGUAAUAAGUCAGUAGUUAAAAGCAUGAAUCAUGGCCUAAACUAAAGUGUUACCUUUUUUAUGUACAUUUGGGUAAACUAUCCCUUUUAAAACAUGUCCAAAACUGCCAAAAGAAACUCUUAAUGUUUGUUAAAUGCAAAAUUCAACUUUGGACAGCAAAUCUUUGGCUGUAAAAUUAAACUCAAGCUAAAAAGCCAUGUUUAAAGUUAAAACACAAAAACAAACCAGUUGACUUAUUUUGUGGGCAAUAAAAUGGUACAAACAAUUGUUUUGUUUCACAGAAGAAGAAAAAAAAUCUUACAGGUUUGUAACAAGCGUGAAUAAAUAAAUAAUUGUAAUUGUUUUUGUAAUGCAAUUCCAAAAUACAUAAUUCCACUGCAGUUUUCAGUCAUUUUUUGUUGUUUUUAUCCGCUGAAGUGCAAUUCUUAAUAUAUUUUGACGUCAUUUAAAACCAAAUUUGCUGUCCAAAGGGCUUAAAGAGAUAAUUACACCAAAAAUGGGGGAAAAUAUCAUUUUCUCAUCCUCUUGUUGUUCUAAACCAAUAACAAAAUUUCUGAUUUCAAAAGGUUCAUAAUUUACACAAAUUAAACGGUUAAAUCUAUUGUUUAUGGAUAAAAUCCAAACCUCAAUCUGAUCCACAUAUGCAGUUUGUUGGCAAUCUCUUAUUUAAGUGUAAAAGUUUUGGCUUUUGACAUUUAAAUAGUUUAAAUGACAUAAAAUAAUCCAUUUAUGUUUAGAUUGAAUGUCUUAUUUAAACAUGAGGGUGAGCAUAUGAUGACAGUACUGUCCUUUUUUUAAGAUUUAUUUUUUGCCUUUUUGCCUUUAUUAAGUGGAUAGGACAGUAUUUCAGACAGGAAGUGGAGUGGGAGAGAGAGGGGGUAGGGAUGGGAAAUGUCCCUGAGCUGGGAUUCCAACUCGGGUUGCCCUGAAGUGCUACUGCACCGUAUGUCAGUACACUAACCACUAGGCUAUUGCACCGACAGUACUGUCCUUUUUUGGGCUGAACUAUUCAUUUUACUUGGAUUUAACCUGGAAUAUUCCUUUAAUCAGUCAGCAUGUGCCUUUUAACUCUGGCUAAUUUCUGUAACUUCUUGUUUAUUUAUACCUCAUUUAAAAACGAGCAGCUGGUUUACAUCACGCCUCUAGACGUGUCAUCACUUUACUGUUACACUGGUUGAAUUGCUGAGAAAAAAAAAAAUCUAGCUAUGCAUGUCCUAUGCCAUAUGUAUAUGAAUUAAAUGUCAUGUGUGUGUGGAAACUGUAAGCGGACAUGCAGUUAUGAUGAGUUUUCUUAAUGACAGAAAUUGCACAGGAUGUUAAAAAUUCUGCAUUUUAAGGUUUAUUGAGUUUAAUUUGUAUUAUUAUAAGCUCUAUAUCAUCUCAUGUUGUAUUUUAAUUUAGCGUCAAUACGUGAAACACUGAUUACAGAGCUGAGGGGUGUGCAUAUUUCAAAGAUUUCUGUUUUUUGCCACUAUAAACGAUUAUAUAUGUGACCAAAACCACUCAAUAUUUUAAGACUAGUGACUAGUAAGCCCCCCACUGUGAAAUAUCUUACUAUUCAAGUUGGAUUUUAGGAUCUUGUAAAGUUUUUUCUGUGCCAAAAUAAGUCAAUGUGACUGAAUAUAUAUUUUGUAUCAUUUCUUAUAUUCACGUGUAUCAAAUCAGAAGUCAUUAAAACUGCACUUGGAUGUAGAAAGCUGUAUAUCAUGUUAUUCUGCUAUCAUUCAAUGUGUGUGUUUUGGGUUUUCUUGGUUUUGUUACAUAUAUUUAACAUGUAUUCCUGGGGUUAUAGCCCGCAUGAAUAAACUGCCUUCACACUGAA